AUGAAUGUAGCAAUAGCAAGUUUAAUUGCAACCACAGCCAAACUGGUAUGUUAUUUUAGCAACUGGUCGCGGUACAGAACUGGUGUGGGGAAAUUCCUGCCAGAGAACAUGGACCCCUUCCUUUGCACCCACCUGGUUUAUGCCUUCGCUGUCAUCAACCAUGCCAAUGAGAUUGAUGAGUAUGAGUGGAAUGAGAAAAUCCUGUACAAAAACUUCACUGAGCUCAAGAACAGAAACACCAGGCUGAAGACUUUACUGUCGGUCCUAGAGGACAGCAAUGGACCUCAGUUCUCCCUUAUGGUGUCCACUCCAGCCAACCGUCAGACAUUCAUCCAGUCUUCUAUCAAAAUUCUGAGGUCCCAUGGAUUUGAUGGUCUGGAUCUAGACUGGGAGCAACCUGGAGCUGGUGGAAGGCCUGCAGAGGACAAGCAGAGGUUCACUCUGCUGUGCAAGGAGCUUUCAGAGGCCUAUAGAGCUGAGAGUAAAGGACGAAGUAACACACGACUGAUGCUGUCUGCAGCCGUGGCAGCACAGGCAGAUGUGAUUGAUGCAGGAUAUGAACUCUCUGAGACGUCAAAGUACCUGGACUUCAUCAGUGUUAAGACGUUUGACCUUCAUGUUGAACAAGAUCGAGUGACCGCCCACCACAGUCCAAUCUACAGCAAAAACAAUGCUAACAUAGACUAUGUUAUGCAGCACUUGAUGGAGCGAGGAGCCCCAGCAGGGAAGUUGUUGCUAGGUUGUCCUACUCAUGCCCGUUCCUUUACACUCUCCACCACAGCAACAGGCCUGGGAGCUCCAGUCAGUAGGCCUGCCAGUCCUGGGCCCUACACACAGCAGAUUGGUGUCUGGUCUUACUAUGAGGUAACAAGAACAUAUUUACGUAGCUACAUUUAGCAGAAGUCUACUGCCACUAAGCAUUUUCAUUAUAGAAUGCCUGAUAGUCACUGGUAUAUCCAGUAAACAGGUUUGCCAUAGUACUGAAUAUUCUCAGCUAAUGUUCUGCUUAUGGAUUUGUCUGAGUCAUACAAACUAGUCUGUAGGAGUUAGUGG